AUGUCCAAAAACAAUUGUUUAAUAAAUGCCGAUUCUUCGUCCAAGACUUUACUCAAAUAUUUGCUCAGUUUUGCUGUCGGAGGUCUUCUCGGAGAUGUGUUUUUGCAUCUAUUGCCAGAAGCGUCAGAUCACAUGCUCAGAACUGGUAUGAGUAGCCGUAACGUACAACUAUAUCUCGGUUUAUGGACAUUGAUUGGCAUUUUGUGUUUUGCUUUCACCGAGUCGUUCUUCAGUCAUGUGAGCAAACACAAUGAGGUGAUGGGUUAUCUGAAUUUGCUGGCCAAUGGCUUUGAUAACCUAACCCAUGGAGUGGCCGUCGGCGCAAGUUUUUUGGUCAGCAUAAAGAUGGGUCUCUUCACUACAUUUGCUAUUGCCGUCCAUGAGAUUCCUCAUGAAAUCGGAGAUUUUGCUAUACUUAUCAAAUCUGGUUUUAAUAAAUGGCAGGCCGUUAGAGCCCAGGUAUACAUAGCCGGUGUGACUGUAUUGGGCUCUUUGAUCAUAUUGUUGGCCGAUUCCGCUGAUGCCGUUGGCAUCAAAACCCUUUGGAUUUUACCCUUCACUUCCGGCGGAUUUUUACAUAUAUCGUUAGUCAGUAUUUUACCGGAACUCUUGUCUGAACCCGAUUUAUGGCAAUCAGUCAAACAAACAUUAUUUAUAAUAUUUGGUGUCUCUGUAAUGGCUUUUGUCAACUUACUCGCCGACUAA